GGGAGGCUUGUGAAGAACGUCACUUAUCAACAUAUUCGCUUCAUCUCGUGUUUGCUACCCAUCUACCCACUAAGUAUGUAAAUUGGUCAAGAUAAUGAUUUAAUAAGAUUUCCUUCUAUAUUAUGCUUCUUUCGUUCCGCGUUGGUCGUGCAAGUAGACCAAGCGCAAGCUUCAUCCGUCUUGCAAAAUAUCGAGCACAUAGGCCUCAAGAUACCCCGAUAUCGUUUGCGCGAUGGCGAACAUAUACCACAGAAUCAGUUGGAUCCGUACAUGAUUCGGCACAAGAGCCGGUGCAAGUGUCGGCCAAAGUGGAAGAUCAACUCAAAGACCCAGAACAACCUCGAUUCAAUGAGAUAGGUAUUCAACAAAUAAGUACUCGUAUAUAUGAUCAAGUAUUUAAGGACACUCAAUCCCCUCCCUCUCAGGAGCUCGUGGAUCUUUCAAAAGAUCAUCUGCAGAGGCAUGAACUGCUUGGAAAGAACACGGACAAUACUCCUCCAAUAUCUUUCGACCUUCCCGAGCUACAAGGCGAUACACUCGAUGAGCAUUUUUAUAAAUUGGGUGUAGAUGCUUCCGAACCAUAUAUGACAUAUGCAAAGCAAUUUGUUAAGACGGAAGCUCCUCCUCGGCCGCGAAAAUGGUCACGUCAAAGUGGAUGGACGAGAUACAGUGGCGAUGGCACGUCGGAAACGAUACUUGCGCCAGAUGAAGAAAUGUUAUGUUUUGACACGGAAGUGAUGUGGAAAACAAGUUCAUUUGCUGUAAUGGCGUGUGCUGUUAGUCCUACAAAUUGGUAUUCUUGGUUAUCGCCAUGGCUGUUGGGGGAGACUGACAAUGAUCGUCAAUUGAUACCUCUCGGAGAUGCAAAGAAACCACGAAUUAUAGUGGGACAUAACAUUGGCUACGAUCGAGCCAGAAUUGCUGAGGAAUACGACAUCAAUCAAUCGAAGAACUGUUUCUUGGAUACGAUGUCAUUACAUGUUGCUGUCAAUGGAAUGUGUUCACGUCAAAGGCCGACUUGGAUGAAGCAUCGAAAGGGUCAAGAAUUGCGUGAAAAAAUCGCUAGAGAGACCGACAGCACGGAAUUGGCAGCUUUGCUAGGGCACAAAUCUUUUUCGGAAGAGGAAGAGGCAGAAUUAUGGAUAGGUAGAAGCUCUGUCAAUUCAUUACGAGAUGUUGCAAAAUUUCAUCUCAAUGUCACAAUCGACAAAGCGGCAAGAGAUGCAUUUGGUGAAUGUGAUCGCGAAGGAAUCAUGGCUAAGCUGGAUGAGCUUCUUAAUUAUUGUGCAGCAGAUGUUGAUAUUACCCAUAAAGUUUACAAAAGAGUGUUUCCCAAUUUUGUCGAGACAUGCCCACAUCCAGUCAGCUUUGCAGCAUUAAGACAUCUCUCAUCAGUCAUACUUCCAAUUGAUAGAUCGUGGGAAUCUUAUGUCGCCAAUGCCGAAGCUACUUAUCACAAGUUGUCUGAUGCAGUACAAGAACGACUUCUUGCUUUGAAAGAUAAAGCAUUGGAGAUCAAAGACGAUCCUGAACUAUGGAAGAAUGACCCUUGGCUAAAACAACUCGAUUGGUCUAUUCAAGAGAUCAAAAUGGUGAAGGGCAAAACGAAAAAUGAUCCACCAAGACCAGCUAAAAGACAGAAGAUGCCCGGUAUGCCUCAGUGGUAUAAAGAUCUCUACCCGAAAGUUUCUGGUCCUAUUAAUUUAUCAGUCCGUACUCGAAUUGCGCCAUUACUUCUACGUAUGGCUUGGGAUGGGUAUCCAUUAGUAUGGUCCGAAAAAUAUGGUUGGACUUUCAGAGUUCCUAUCGAAGAGGCUCACAACUAUAAACAAAAACAAAUGCAAGAGUGUAAUGCAUUUGAAGAAGCUGAUAUGGCUCUGAGGGAUGAUACAUCCGCUGCUUACUUUAAAAUUCCGCACAAGGAUGGCCCAUUGGCUAAAUGUGGAAGUCCGAUGGCGAAAAGUUAUGUGCAAUACUUCGACAAAGGCAUUCUUUCAUCCGAGUAUUCAUAUGCAAAGGAAGCACUUGAGAUGAAUGCUUCUUGUUCUUAUUGGAUAAGUGCAAGAAAUCGUAUACAGUCUCAGAUGACUGUCUAUGAAAAAGAUGGAGCAAAGGGGCCUACAACAUCGCAAUCCAAGUUAGAAACGGGCUACAUUCUACCACAGAUUAUUCCCAUGGGUACCGUGACCCGAAGAGCAGUGGAGAACACAUGGCUUACAGCAAGUAAUGCCAAACCGAACCGUGUUGGUUCAGAACUAAAAUCAAUGAUAAAGGCCCCACCUGGUUAUUGCUUCGUUGGCGCAGACGUGGAUUCUGAAGAGCUAUGGAUCGCCAGUCUUGUUGGAGAUGCCCAGUUCAAGCUACAUGGAGGUAAUGCUGUCGGUUUUAUGACUUUAGAGGGCACCAAAGCAGCAGGUACAGAUCUCCAUUCUCGCACAGCUGGUAUCCUCGGUAUUACCCGUAACGAUGCCAAGGUCUUCAACUAUGGUCGAAUCUAUGGAGCUGGUUUGAAGUUCGCCUCAACUCUACUUCGACAAUUCAAUCCUAGUCUCACGGAGGCCGAAACCUCACAUACAGCUGGAAAUCUUUAUAAGGCUACCAAAGGUGUCAAAACCAGCAGAAAGAUUCUUUAUCCCGGACCUUUUUGGCGUGGAGGAACUGAGAGUUUUGUUUUCAACAAGCUAGAAGAAUUUGCAGAGCAAGAAAAGCCACGCACUCCAGUUCUAGGUGCAGGAAUAACAGAAGCCUUAAUGGCAUGUUUUGUUUCGAAGGGUGGUUUUAUGACAUCACGCAUCAAUUGGGCAAUUCAAUCUUCAGGUGUAGAUUAUUUGCACCUUCUCAUCAUUUCCAUGGAUUACAUAAUUCGCCUCUACAAUAUUAAUGCCCGUCUAGCCAUAACUGUUCAUGAUGAAAUCAGAUAUCUAGUUAAAGACGAAGACAGAUAUCGUGCUGCAUUAGCAUUACAAGUAUCGAAUCUCUGGACUCGAGCUAUGUUUUCCCAACAAAUGGGGAUUAACGAUCUACCACAAUCCUGUGCAUACUUUUCCGCAGUCGAUAUUGAUCAUGUUUUAAGGAAAGAAGUGGAUAUGGACUGUAUAACACCUUCACAUGAUACUCCAAUACCCCAUGGCGAAUCAAUAGAUAUCCAACAACUUCUUCGCCAACCCACCGCCCAUCUCGACCCAUCUAUCGUCUCCACAGACCCUCCAAACCUCUCUGAUAUUGCCUACGAACCCCGUAUUCCAGUCAUGGAAUCCCUCCAGAAAUCUACAGACUUGAUGUUUCUCAAAGCACAAAUCACAGCUAGCGAUCAAGAGCUCAAAGAUAUCAUGAAAGAGGCAAAGAAAUUAAAGGAAAAGGAUGCACCAAAGGAACCGAAGAUUCCAAGAAAUAAUUCGGUGCCUUAUCAUACCUAUGCUCAUUUAUUGGAAGAACCUAUAAUGGUUAGCGAUGCGUUGAGAGUGGGUAGGGCUUUUGAUACUGCUAAGGGAAAGAACUGGGCGUGGGAUGUUAAGGGAAAAGUAGGAGGGGCGCGAAGUGGCGCGGGGGUUAGAUUCUAGAUUCUAGAUUGUGAGUUUUAGAUUCGCUGGACAUAUGUAUGGAAAUCUUUGGAUUGUGUUACUAUUUUCUCGAGACUGUUGUAUCUUACUUGGUUUUCUUUCCUUCUUUGGUAUAUGUUUGUAUGAAAUUAGACGAACUUUUGGUACUCGGGUACUCAGGUAGUGUGGAGAUAGGAGUUUGGUCGGUUGGGAGGGGGAGGGAAGGAUGGAGGUCUCUGGAUUACAUUGGUUGCAUCUUUUUUUUUUCUUUUUGUAUUGUAUGAUGGUUCUGUUUACUCCCUUUUCUGAGUCAGAAUUCAUCGGGUGGAUGGAUUAGAAAAUGGGGAGGAUUUGUGGAUUUGUGGAUUCGUGAAUGUGAAUGUAUGUGUGUGUGGAUGUGGAUGCCUAGUAAUAAAUCAAUUGUACUUGUUAGAUUCACUUUUUUCACUUUCUCUUAGAGCAUAAUGAAGGUGGCUGGAUAAUGCGUAGAUUGGAUAGGUGAGUAGGUGAGUAGGUGAGUAGGUGAAAAGAACUCCUUGAAGCAUGUUUGUAUAUCUGCAGUAGGUUUUCUUGGUCAGUUGGGGGUAUAUUGGAGCUGCGGCUGGGAAGCUAGAAAGGAGAAAAGAGGACUUGAAUUUUAUGGUGGCGAGAUGGUGGGAUGGUGGGAGUCGGGGUUGAUAUGACGAUUUGAUUGUAAUUGAGAGGAUUAUGAGGGUAGCUGUGUAGUUGUGAGAGGUGGUUGUUAUUAGUAAAGGAACCUGACAGUCUGAUUAAGCGAUCUUUUGAGGUUUCUGGUGCUGGUUGGUGGUUGGUUGGGAGUAUAUAUGUUUAAGUAUAGUGCCAGAAUUGGAGAUGUGGGGGAGAAAGUGUUCUUUUCUAGGAUGAAUGCGAAUGUGAAUGCGAAUGAUGAAGAUGAAGGAUUUGGAGGUGCUUGUAGAUUGCUUUGGGCUGUGGGGGUGUAUUCGGGUAUUUUGGGAUGAGUAGGCAUGAACCGUAUAUUAAGUAAGUUCGGUGGAUUUUAUAUGUGUUUUCUCCUUUUUUCUCGUUAACUAUUUUAAAACAUUGGGGGCUGGGUAGAUCUUCCUGUUUCUCUUCAGAAUUCUUGUUUGUUAUCAAAGGGCCCCGACGCAUAAUGUCAAUACUGGGGAUAUGCUACUGCACGCGUAAUUUCAGAGAGUGGGAAUGCAGAUACAAAUGAAAUCUCUUCGUACCCCCCCCCUCCUCUUUCA